CCCGGCACGUCCGGGCAGCGAGACCCGCGGGGGAACGCACCGCGAAAGGAGCGGGGCAAGGCGGUGCCCCCCGAAGGGCAAGAUGCGCUGGGGUCUGCCGGGUCGGGCCCUCAAGCAGCGCCCGUCCCCAGCGGGCGGCCCGGGAGAGCAUGUUCCUGACGGGAACAAACCUUCCGAGUGCCCCGGCCUCGGAGCAGGCUGCCCGCACCCACCGCAGCGCCGUGCCCCCGGAGCCCCGGCCAGGGGGAGCGGGGUGGCGGCGGGGCCUGCCCCCCCCGGGGUGGUGCCUGCCUCCUUCCCUUCCCCUCCCUGUCCUCCUUCCCUUCCCUCCCUCCCUUCCUGCCGGCCGGGAUUGGCUGUGCCUGCCGGCGGGCGGGCGGGCGAGAAGCGCGGCGCCCCGACGGUGCGGGGAGCGGGGAGCGCGGCCCUCGGAGCGCCCGGGCUGUCUUACACCGCGAUUUUCCUGUUUUCCUUUUUUUUUAUAUAUAUUUUUUUUAGUUUAUUUUUCUUAUCCCACUUCCCUCUCGGGACGACUGGAAGCAGGAUCCGCGUCCCUGAAAUUGCUAUGCCAGCUGAACUCUCCCGGGCCGUGGGAAUGCACGCCAUCUCCGACCUGCACUCCUCCCUCCCCCUGCGGCUCCUCAACAAGGGGCCCGAGUACCUCCGCAGGCAGCUGGAGGCCGGCAAGCCGGGCAGGAAGAGUGCCGUGGAGAGACUGGCCGCCGAUAAGGCCAAGUACGUGAAGAGCCAGCAGGUCAUGAGCAGCAGGCAGGAUCCCGUCAUCGCGCUCAGCUCAGCCUCGGAGAGCAGCAGCGAGAGCUGUUCCGUGCGGAGCGGAGCCGAGAGCAGCGAGCGGGGCAGAGGCGCGGGCGCGAAGCCCCUGGAGCCGGGCAAGGCCGUGAGCUCCUGCCGAGCCCCCCUGCAGCACGGGCCGCCCAUCGCCCGCCGCAGCACCAGGAGGCAGAUGCGGCCGGAUUCCCUGGUGAUCUACCGCCAGAAAUGUGAGCUUGGGAGAGGUCAAAGCCAGGACGGCCCGCGGGGGAGUUUGGUGAGGAGGUUCUUCAAUGGGUCAAUAAAGGAGAAGAGGCUGGCUUCCCCUGAGUUGCCCAGAGUCAUGGAGGACGUCGCCGCCACCGAGAGCAGCGAGCCUCUCCCGGCCAAAGAUGGUGACCGUGAGCCAAGCGACCAUGGAGCGGUGCAGGCUGUCCCUGUGAGCGCUGAGGGGGCAGCGGUGUCUACAGAGGAGCACGAGAGACCCUCCGAACUGAGUACACCUUCCGAAGAGGUCAAGGAGGUGAAGAGGAGAGGUCUCCAUCGCUCCCAGUCAGACAUCAGCUCUCGCUACUCCAAGUUCUUUGCUGAGUCUGACACAUUUUUCAAGUACUGUGGCCUGGAGCAGGAGGUGAUUGAGGAUCUUGGGAGAGAGAACUUCUCCGUGGUGUCUGACAAUGUCUCCUUCAGGAUCCGCAGCAUCAGCGUGGCGACAUCGGAGAGUGAGUUCACGAGGCACAGCGGGGACGAGGGGCUGCUGGAGGACGAGCUCACAGAGCAGGUCCCCAGCAGCACCUCUGUGGUUGAGCGCAACGCUCGGAUAAUCAAAUGGUUGUACACGUGUAAGAAAGCCAAGGAGACCAACAAGGUGAUCCAGGAACUGGCGUGA